GCAUUAAGUCAUCUCCUUUCCUUUUUUUUUCUUUCAAAGGCGUAAAAUUAAAACUAUCAGCAUAUUAGUUCUCUGCCCUACGAAAUUAUUAGUACUGCCAAAAUCAGGGUAAACUAUGGCACUACUAAAGAAUUGGUAAGGUAAAGUUAUCUAAUGUAUGUUUGGAUUGUGACCAAUAUAAAGCCAAAUUUAAUAUUGUGGUGAAUAAACUUCUAGAAUGAACCAAAUAAAAUAUGGGCACUACGAAUUGGUUGACCUCAACCAAAACUAGCACAUUUAGUAUUAAAGUUAUAAAAAAAUUGGUAACGCACAUUUACCAUGUCUAUACGCCUAUAGACAUAUAGAGGUUUAGCCACACCAAUUCUUACUAGAAAAAGUGAUUUAGCUACAAUAAGGUUUUUUAAUCCAGAUGUGUCAAUUAAUAAAGAAAAAAAUAUCCUCAAUGAAAAUUCAUCAGUGCCCUAUCAGUCCCGGCAAAUCCUUAAUUAAUUAAUUAUGCAUCAUCUAUUUUGUUUUGAAUAAUGGAAAGACACCCGGUCCAACCCUUUGCUUUUGCCACUCUAUAAAUACAUCUUCUUCAUCCUUAAUCCACCUGCAAAAUAAAAAAUUCAGACUCAACUCUCCUUAAUCUCAUCAAAAACACACACAAAAGCACACGAAAAUUUCAAUGGGAUCGAAGCUUUCGUGCAUCUACCGGCCGGAGAGUGACAUCGUCGUCGAGUCGGAAGCUCCGGCGCCGCCGCCGCCGCCGGCGAGGGUGAUCGCGGCCGACGGCUCGCUGAGGGAGCUGCCGGCCUCUCCCUGCGUCGCGGUGGUCUCCGACGUGCUCGGCGGCGGCGACGACGCGGCGUCCUUCUUCGUGUGCAACUCCGACGCGCUCUACUUCGACGACCGCCCGCCGGCGCUGUCCCCCGGCGAGCCGCUCCGGCCGGGGGAGCUCUACUUCGUGCUGCCCAGGGCGAUGCUCGGCCGGCCGCUGUCCAGCGCCGACAUGGGCAGGCUCGCCGUCCGCGCGAGCCUGGCGCUCGUCGGCGAGAGGCCACAGCGGCGGCGGCGACACCGGCAAGGCGGCGGCAAGAAGCAGAAGAAGAAGGUGCACGUCAUGCCGGCGCAAGCGCAAAGCAGAGACGACGGCGACGGCGACGUCGACGGCGUGUUCAACGAGAAGCUGAACGAGCAGACGCUCGGCGUGUUCGCCGUGUUCCUGAGUCCGGCGAGAGGCGCCGCGCCGGCGGCGGCGGCGGCGGCGAGGUCUCCGCUGAAGAGGGCGUUGAGCUUAGUAGAAGAGGAGGCAUAGUAGUGAGGCAGUAGGAAGUAGUAGUAGGAAUCCGUUUCUUGUUUUGCGCAAAGUAGAAUGAACCAGUAUAUCAUCCUCAAGUUUGGUUGUACUCACAAACAAAAAAAAAAGAGAGGAAGAAACAGGACGAAUUUUGAAGUAAA